AUGCUCAGACUAAAUAGCUUCUUCUCAAAAAGAGGCUUGCUUUGGCUAGCAAUUCUCUCUCUGUUUUAUUGGCUUCUUCGAGACUACCCAAACUGGAGAGCAAAACGUCAAAAUAAUGCUCCUCAAAAUAACACUACGACAAAAGACCAAGACAAACCAUCAUCUAAAGAUAAAGUGUCCUUAGUGCAUUACAUUUUAGUAUCGCCCUUUGCAGCAUUUUACAUCAUUGUUAGAAUCAUGCUGGAUACAAUACGCUAUAGCUUGUAUUAUUUCUUAUGGUCAUGUGAAAAAUCAAUUCCUUACAUAGACGAUUGGCUAUAUGAUUUCUGUACUAAGAUUUUACCAUACAAAUACAGUCAAACAAAAGCAUGGUGGAUGACGGUUGGCAAGCCAAAAUACAUUCAAUAUAAGCAAUAUACACGAGGUCAUCUUGUGCCGGCUACAAUUCAUGGUUUGGAAGUGUCUUUUAUCACCUUGUAUAAAGCUGGUUGCAUAUUAAAAACAGAAUGGAUGGGUUUUGUGGGGGCUUGGCAUCGAUUUAUUCAACGCUAUGAUUGGCAUCAGUUGGUUUUAGAUUUGAGCAAUAUUGGAUAUAGGACAUGUUGGGUGCCAUUCACUUGGAUAGUUUCUCGAUCCUAUCGUUUGUGUUUCGUUAUUUAUACAGGACUUCAUUCUACGGCUACAUCUAUUAUUCAAGAAAUUCAAUGGGUCCUUACAGUUGCCCUACCUUCUAUGUAUCAUUAUAUGGCCUCCACACGGUUGGCCAAAGUGAUCUCCGUUGCUUUUAUCCUUAUAAAACAAUACGUCCAGUGGACAUGUUUCAGCAUAAGCCAGUAUGUGUUGAAGCCUACUAUUGGGCGAUGCUUAGUUUGGACAGUCAAGGUCAUUGACAAGAUUAUAUCAUUAUUGCAACAAAACACAAUUCAAGAAAAACUCACAAAAUACUACCGUUUGUUGGCUCCUAGUAUGGUUUGGGUCUUGAAUGAUUUAAGUAGUCUUAUCAAAGAUAUCAUCUCAGCAGCACUAGUUUUGUAUAGUCAACUCGUUCUUCCAGCUUAUCGAUUGUUUAUAAAGCAUAUCAUACCUCGUUUAUCCAUUGCCUACAAAUCAAUGACUCACCGCCUAUACCAAUGGCUUGAAUCUUAUUUAUACCCUGUCUGGUCUCAGUUAAGUCCUUAUUUGAACAAGCCCUUGUAUUGGAUAUAUCUGUCUGCCCACACUGUCUUGAGUGUUUUGCAAAAACAUCUGACUCAGCAGUUGGUCAACCAAAUAUGGACACUAUGUUCAAGGUUGUUUGGUUUGGUAUCCAUCUAUACCCUUAGAUCCUACGAGAUUACGCAACCAUGGCUCAUUGAGCAAGCUCCUCGCUUGGCCAACUUGAUCCAACAAUUGUUGAUAUCUAUCAAGUCAAUGUGUGAUUGGCAAUCAUUAAGCAAGGAUUUGACUACUUUGAUCAAUAUACUUUAUGAUUGGAUUGCAGAACAGUCUAAUUUGAUAUAUUUGUCAUUGGAAAGGUCUUUGACAAACUGGGCCAAAGAACAGCAUGAGAUCAGAGAGCAGAAAUUAGCUUAA